AUGCUUAACAAAAGCUUGAGGGCAACUAAAAUAAUAGGGAAGAGAUGUUUCCAAUGGUGGGAUAAUCUCAAUGUAUCAUGGAAAUUUGCAAUAGGUUUUUCCGUUCUGUUUCCACCUCUUUGGAAUUAUAAUGAAAGAAGAAAGGCAAGAGAAAAACAGAUAUACUACAAUAGAUCGAUAAAAGAUUAUGUUUUUUUUGACAUGGCAAUUGAAAAUAAAUAUAUAGGAAGAGUUCUUAUUGGAUUGUAUUCUGAUCAAGUACCUUUAUCAGUUGAAAAUUUCAUUCAAUUAGCUGAAGGUUAUAAAGUUAAAGAUAAAUAUAUUGGAUAUAGAAAUACGUUUAUUCAUAAAAUUUAUCCGGGUAUUGGGUUAGUAGGAGGGAAUGUAUUAAAUGAUAAGGAAGGCCUAAGUAUAUAUGGAAAGAAAUUUCCAGAUGAAAAUUUUGAUAUGGAAUUUGUACAAGAUGGUGACGUGGCAUUAUUUAAUGAAGGGCCACAUAGUAACUCCUCCCACUUUAUUAUAACCUUUUCUCCAAUGCCAAUAUUACACAAACAUAAUGUAGUUAUUGGAACAGUUUUGAAAGGCAUGGAUAUAAUUCGAAUGAUUGAAAAUGUAGGUACAAAAUUAGGCAAUCCUAUGUAUAAUGUAAAAAUUAUUAACUGUGGUUUGUACAAAAGCCUAGAACAGGAUGGUCCUCCAUUUUUUAAUAUGAUGAACAUUUCAGACAAUGUUAAUAAAAAUAUUAUUUCCAAAAAAGAAUUCGAGAAUUUGUCUGAAGAGCAGAGGCAGUCCUUAAUGAAUGAAAUUGAAAAACCUGAAAAGCAGAAAUGA